UUGCACAGCAGAUAUUUAAGACGCUGGUUACUUUGGAUAUUGAUGGUAUCGUCCUGUUUGUGCCAGCUGCUCAUCAGUUGCACCUGUGUGAACAAAGAGCUCAUUAACAGCCGGAUGCUCUCGUGCAGUGGGGAUUGUUACUCUGCACUUUGAAGGCAGAUGGACGGCCAUAUUUGUGUGGAUUGUAGCUGUCAUACAUUAAUGUGGUGAUUACAGAGAACACAUUGAUGUGUUGUAUGCAUGGUUAACAGCCUUCCUGCCGGCCCGCCCUUAUAGUAUACGGAGAGGAAUCCACAUUGGAUUUUGAUGAUUUAAGGGGAAACUUCUAGUGUCAACAAGAUAAUUGUAUCACAACAAUAAGACGGCAAACAUGCUUCGAGAGAUCCAGGAGAUUGGCUCGCAUGCCAUGGAUAUCUACAACUACCUCUUGGCAGGAAUUGAUCCACGGCUGAAGGAAUAUCCCCUGAUGCAGAAUCCUAUUCCCAUGUCUGCAAUAUUGCUGUGUUACCUAUUAUUUGUACUGUACCUUGGACCCUACAUUAUGGCCAAUCGCAAGCCCUUCCAGCUAAAGGAAGCCAUGAUAGUCUACAACUUCACGCUAGUGGCACUGUCUAUAUUAAUCGUCUACGAAUUCCUGAUGUCUGGUUGGGCCACAACGUAUACCUGGCGAUGUGACCCGAUCGAUACAUCCGACAGUCCUCAAGCACUUCGAAUGGUCCGAGUGGCCUGGCUGUUCUGGUUCUCCAAGAUUAUUGAGCUCAUCGACACAGUUUUCUUCAUAUUGAGGAAAAAGCACGGCCAGGUCACCUUCCUGCACAUAUUCCAUCACUCCUUCAUGCCCUGGACCUGGUGGUGGGGAAUAGUCUAUGCUCCUGGUGGAAUGGGAUCUUUCCAUGCCAUGGUGAAUUCUUCCGUCCACGUCAUCAUGUAUUUCUACUACGGCCUCUCUGCUGCUGGACCGCGCUUCCAGAAGUUUUUGUGGUGGAAGAAAUACAUGACCGCCAUUCAGCUGAUCCAGUUUGUCCUGGUAUCCAUCCACGCUACCCAGUAUUACUUCAUGGACAGCUGCGACUACCAGUUCCCCAUGAUCCUCCACCUCAUCUGGAUGUAUGGAACCUUCUUCUUCGUGCUCUUUUCCAACUUCUGGGUCCAGGCUUACGUGAAGGGUAAGCGGUUGCCGAUGCAGGACGGUAAGCAGAGUCAGAACGGCACCGCCGUCUACACCAACGGCAAGAACCACGCCAACGGCUCUUCUCGGCACGAGAAUGGCACCACUCACUUGAGCAAGAUGAAGAAGGCCUAAGAUCUUUGGAGAUCUAUGUAUGACCCAGUUAACCUGUUAAAACUACUACGGAGUCCAAAGAGAGUUUUUGGCUGUAUUUUCUUUUCCUGUUUUUAGUUUCAUAUGCAACAAAUGGGGAAAUGACGUGGUCAAUGAUUUCCACAGUUGGGGUCCCACAUUUUGUUGGUUUCUCUGUUUGUCGUUUUUUGUUUUGUAGUCUGGAAUCCAUUUAUGGAACAAUAUGUAUGAAGAGAAGAUGUUUUCAUCUAAAUGUUAUCUUCACUGAUGUUGCAACAACCUCGUAGUUCAGUAUCACACUGGUGGCCUUUCACCCCACUUGCCUUCGCCACUUGACCCCCCUGUGGACAGAUGACUGUACAGUUUCUAUCAAACUUGAAAAUACUUUUUGUAAAUAGUUUUACAGCACACAAAAAAUAACUAAUUGUAUUGGUAUGCUUUAGACUUUCUUAAUUUUGUCAUAUUGUGUAUUUAAAAUUAAAUGCCAAUAAAUACAAUUUUAAAUUAUCA